GACAUUGACAAAUGACAAAUAAAUGCGAAGCGAAUGACAAAUAAAAACAUAUGCAAAAUAUGUUUGCGGUGUUGUGAAAUAUUAUCCCAGAGUACGUUAUAUUAUAGUGACAAGAAUUUUAAUAUAUAUCAAGAAGUAAAUUAUUCAGAUAAAUUUUAGUUUUUAGUGUAAAGCAUGGUUAAAAUAAUAUUUUUACAUCCUGAUCUUGGCAUAGGGGGAGCAGAGCGCCUUGUGUUGGAUGCAGCUUUAGCUUUCAAGAGCAAAGGCCACGAAGUCUCUUUUUAUACGAACCAUCAUGAUCCAUCUCAUUGCUUUGCCGAAACAAAAAAUGGCACAUUUCCAGUAACAGUAGUCGGAGAUUGGAUUCCACGUUCAAUACUAGGAAGGUUUAAAGCGGCUUGCGCAUAUGUACGUAUGGUGUAUGCGGCAGUUUACUUGGCUUGGUAUGUUAUACCCGUACAGGAACCUACGCUUAUAUUCUGCGAUCUCAUUUCCUUAUGUAUUCCGUUUUUGAAAUUUGCAAGAGGACCAUUCAGAGUUGUAUUUUAUUGUCAUCAUCCUGAUAAGCUCUUAUCGUCUGAAGGUGGAUUCUUUAAGAAGUUAUACAGAGCUCCAUUAAAUUGGUUAGAAGAACUGACAACAGCUCAAGCUGAUAAAGUUCUUGUAAAUAGCAAAUAUACAGCUAGAGUAUACAAAGAUGCAUUCCAAAAUAUCAAGGAUGUACCAGAUAUUUGCUAUCCUUCAAUAAAUACAGAAUUCUUUAUAAAUACCAUACCAAAAAACCUAAAAGAAGUUGUGCCUGUUGGUACUGAUAAAUUCAUAUUUCUCUCUAUAAAUAGGUAUGAAAGAAAAAAGAACUUGCAACUCGCUUUAAGAGCACUAGAGCAUUUACGGCAUAUGUUAAGUGAAGAUGAUUGGUAUAGAGUUCAUUUGAUAAUGGCUGGUGGUUUUGAUCCUAUAAACUUGGAGAAUAUGGAGCAUUAUAUAGAGCUGACUGAUUUAGCUGCAGAGUUAGAUAUAGAAGAUAAAGUGACAUUCAUGAAAUCUCCCAAAGAUAUUGAAAAAGUGUCACUGUUGUAUCACUGCAAUGCAUUGGUUUAUACUCCGUCAAAUGAGCAUUUCGGUAUAGUUCCUUUGGAAGCUAUGUAUUACAGUAAGCCAGUGAUUGCAGUUAACAGUGGAGGGCCUACAGAAACUGUUGUGAAUGAUGUCACAGGCUUCCUAUGUCCUCCUACAAGCAAGGCAUUUGCUAGUGCUAUGAACAAAUUGAUUCUCAACCCACAAUUAGGUGUAAAAUUAGGUGAAUCUGGGCGAAAGAGGUUUGAAACAAAAUUCUCAUUUGAUGCAUUUACUGAGCAAUUAGAUGGAAUUCUAUCCCGAGAGAGGCAACUUAUCUCCGAAGCAAGAGCAAUUGAAUAUGACCAGAGGAAACGUAAAUAGCAUAAAGAUGACACUCCAACAAUAUUUGAUAUUGUUUGAGUGUUUAUUGUUUCAAGUAAAUACUUAUGUAUACUUUCGAAAAGGCAUCGUUGAAAUAUUCAUAAUAAUUUUUUCAUAUAUUUAAACUCUUGUUCUUGUAGUUAUUUACUCUUUAACUGUAAAUUACUGCUUCACUUUAAUCUCAACUAAGCACAGUCCAUAUAUUUGACCUCUUGGAUGAUUAUAAAGUUGUCCUACUAUUUUGUGAUAUUUGUAAAUUGAAAUAGAUGCUUCAAUAAUAUAUGGCUUCAUUACCUUGAAUCAGAUUAUUUUGUUAUAUGACAGAUGAAUAUGGUUAAUUAUAAUAUAUGAGUGUUGUUAUUGGCUAUUAAUGUAGGUCUAGCCAAUUAUUUCUACUAUGCUUCUGUUGAUCUAAAUAAACAAAAUAGAGAUGGUUA